GAGACGCAGAAGACGUUGUUUGGCGAAGGAGAGCUCCCGCCAGGGCUUCCAGAGUUUGUCUAUGACGCUCCUGCAGAGCUUACGCAGGCUGUUUACGUGGACCAGAUCAAGCCAAGGAAGAAGGCGCGCAAGGAGCCUUUCCAGCAGCAGCUGGCGCGUGACGGAGAGCCUGAUGAAGUUCACGGAAUGGAUGAAGCUGCUGAUCAAGCUGCGCCACAGGAUGAGAAGCAUGGCCAGAUUAAGCGGAAGGCGGCCAUCAAGCCAAGCAUCGAGGCUGCGCCAAAGCCCAAGAAGCGCAAGGCCGAACAGAUUGAGGCAAAGCCAUUGGCUACGUGUCAGGCUGCUGCGGACAAUGAGGCGAGUGGCCAGCCGCACUUGGGCACUUCGGCGCCUGAUCAGGAAACAGCAGUCCCGAUAUCCGACAAGGAUCUUGCGGUGCUGUCCGAGCUCACCAUUGAUGAGUUGCAGAUCCUGUAUGACGCGGAGGUGGCUGAGCCCUGGGUAGGCACGAAUAAUGUUUACAGCAGUGCCUACCGCAAGGCCACCAUGUCAGGCCUUACCAAGCAGCAGGCCCAGCUUCGAGGCAAGAUUUCCACUGCAAUUUUCCGCAAGGAAAAAUCCCGGCUGUUCUUGCCGCAGCUUGCCGGACCAUUCCGAAAGCCCAGGGCUAAGAAGGUGAAGGCUGCUGACGGCAACCAUGAUGAGGACCAGGGUGGCAACCGCGAGCA